AUGGUGCUUACCGUGUCUGCCAGAGCACGCAUUCUUUGGGACCAUGCGCCUCGAGUGCGAUCAGCCACACUCGUGCGCCGCUCCUUUGCCACAGUCUCCGAAACGGCGACACUUCCAUACGAUGUAGUAGUAAUUGGAGGUGGUCACGCUGGCUGCGAGGCUUCAGCAGCAGCUGCGCGCACUGGCGCAAGGACCGCUCUAGUCACACCCUCGGUCGAGAACCUCGGAGUCUGCUCUUGUAAUCCUUCCUUCGGUGGAAUUGGAAAAGGAACCAUGCUACGCGAAGUCGAUGCUCUGGACGGUGUCGUUGGCCGCAUCGUUGACAAGGCCGGUGUUCAAUUCCGUGUCUUGAACAGAAAGAAGGGACCAGCGGUGUGGGGCCCACGAGCGCAAAUCGACAGAGCGCUGUACAAGAAGCACAUGAAGGAAGAGAUGACAAACUACAAGGGGCUGAAUGUGGUCGAGGGCAAAGUGGCAGAUAUCGUGGUGCAAAGAGAAGGAAUGACGGACGGCAAGCAUGGCAGGAUCACAGGAGUCAGGCUGGAAAGUGGCGAGGUCAUUCCCACAAACAACGUCGUGAUUACCACGGGCACCUUUCUGGGCGGAGAAAUCCACAUUGGUCUCGAGGCCUACCCAUCAGGUCGCAUGGGUGAGGCAGCCACGACCGGUCUGAGCAGGUCGUUACGAGAAGCAGGCCUUGCCCUCGGAAGACUGAAGACAGGAACACCCCCACGCCUCGAUGGCAGGACAAUCGAUUAUACUGGUCUUGAAGUCCAACCUGGCGACAAUCCACCCAUGCCUUUCAGCUAUCUCAACUCGCGUGUCGGAGUCGAAGAACAGUUGAACUGCUGGUCUACCCACACGAAUCCCGCGACCCACGACAUCAUUCGCGCAAACCUCCAAAACAGCAUCCACAUUCGCGAAGAAGUAAAAGGUCCCCGAUACUGUCCUUCUCUCGAAAGCAAGGUCAUCCGCUUCCACACAAAAGACGCCCACAUCAUCUGGCUGGAACCAGAAGGUUUCGACAACCAUGUCAUCUAUCCGAACGGCAUCUCCAUGACCGUGCCCGCAGAGGCCCAAGAAGCAAUGCUCAAAACCAUCAAGGGCCUGGAGAACGUCAAGAUGCUACAACCAGGCUAUGGUGUUGAAUACGACUACGUGGAUCCUCGCAGUCUUCGCAAGACCCUGGAGACAAAAGCCAUUGGGGGUCUGUUCCUGGCUGGCCAGAUCAACGGCACAACAGGCUACGAAGAGGCAGCAGCGCAGGGAGUAGUUGCUGGUAUCAAUGCAGGCAACUCUGCACUGGAGAAGCCGCAAUUGCAGCUAACAAGAGCAGAUGGAUAUAUCGGUAUCAUGAUCGAUGAUUUGAUCACCAAGGGUGUCUCGGAACCAUACCGAAUGUUUACUUCAAGAUCCGAGUAUCGCAUGUCUGCCCGUGCAGACAAUGCUGAUCUCCGCCUCACCGCAAAGGGCCGAGAACUCGGUGUCGUCUCGGAUUCACGCUGGUCCCACUUCAGCGACCAAAAAGCACAGAUGGACGACUUGAAGAACCUCUUGCAAAACCACACCAUGUCCAGCAGUAUCUGGCAAACCCACGGCUUCCCCGUCCGCAGUGACAGCAGCAAGCGCAGCGCCUUCGACCUCCUACGCCUCUCUUCCAUCUCCGUCGCCAACCUUCUCCCACUCCUCCCCGCCAUCGCAAAUUUCGAUCCACAAAUCAUUUCCCGCAUGGACAUUGAGGGCACAUAUUCACCCUACGUCACCCAACAAGAAACACAAGCUAGACAUUUCGCAAGAGAUGAACAAUUACUGCUGCCUUCGGAUAUCGACUACGAGAACAUCUUUGGCUUGAGUAAUGAAGAGAAGAGAGUUCUGAGCGUCACUAGACCCGAGAGCUUGGGUCAGGCUAGAAGAAUCGAAGGUGUCACGCCAUCGGGGACAUUGAGGCUGCUGGCACACGUUAGGGGUGCUGGAAAGAGGGCAGCAGCAGUCAACCAAGUGCUGGCAUCUCAGGAGAAAGAAGUGGCUGUAUAG